AAUUCAGUCGCAAGCCCGCCGCGUUUAGAAUAGCCCGUGUGCUAUUUACGCGAAAAAAUAUUUAGCAAUACGAUAAAUUAAUUAACAAUGACAUAAAACCUAAUUAAAAGUCACCUUUUCAAUAGAAACAGUGUUUAAAAAUAAAAUAUCGAUCACCUCAGUGAAACAUAACCUAAAUUUUAUUCUGACCACGGAACCGAUGUUAUACAGCCAUGGAUAGAAAGCGGCAGCACGAAAGUAAACCAGGGAAACAAAUUUUAACAGCAUUACUUGCUACAAUACCAACAUUCACAUACGGGAUCCAAAUAGGCUGGUUGUCGCCUAUGGGCCAGUUGUUGAAAUCCAAAGAGACGCCAGCGAAUGCGCCACUUCAAGACAGCGACAUCUCGUGGAUGGCGGCCGCACUACCUUUGGCAGCUAUUUGCGGAAUACCGUUCUUUAGCUACACCUCCGAUCGAUACGGACGGAAAUUAUGCGUUAUUGGGGUUUCUUUAUUGUCUUGUAUCUCCUGGAUUAUAAAACUGACGUCGAUCACGCCCGUGUCCCUAAUAAUCGCGAGGGUUAUUGCCGGGCUGGCGGCUGGCGGGUGCUUCGUCGUCGUGCCGGUGUACGUUAAAGAAAUAUCUGAGGAUUGUUGGCGUGGAGCCCUAGCGUCCCUCACGAUGACUGUGUGCAAGCUUGGAGUUAUAUUCGUGUAUGCUGUUGGCAUGUGCUGCUCUUACAAAGUGAACCAGAUUGUAUACCUGAGUGUUGCCAGUGCGCAUGUCUUGGCAUUUUGUUUUAUGCCGGAAUCUCCGAAUUAUUUGCUGAAAAUCGGGAAAGAGAAGAAAGCAGCAAAAACGAUAUCAUGGUUGCGAAGUUUGAAAACCAGCAGCACACUAGUUACUGAUGAGAUAAUGAAGCUAAAAGAAGAGCAAAGGAGAUUCGACGCGAUGCCGCGGGUCACGCUACUUAGUGUGGUCCGCGACCGGCCAACAUUCUCAGCACUGCGGAUGACCCUAAUGCUGAUGGCGAUGCAGACGCUCUCAGGGUGCUUCGCCCUCAUGAACUACGCGGCUGAUGUGUUCGAACGAGCUGGUUCUGUGUGGAACCCCAACACGCUAGCGUUAUUCGUAGGCUCUCUACAGCUAGCGGGCUCGUUCUUCACUACUAUGUCUAUUGAGAAGUUUGGGAGGAAGAUACCUCUAGCAUGCAGUUCCCUGGUCGUCUCGCUAUGCAUGACGACUCUUGCAACGUGCUUCUUGGUCGGUAGUGAGGGAGUCAGAUGGCUACCAGUGGUCGCAGUAUGCGUGUGUAUUCUGGCGUAUGGAGCCGGACUGGCUCCUGUUCCCAUGGUCGUCAUGGCUGAGGUGUUUACGUUUCAGCUUCGAGCUCGCAUGGCGGGCGCCUCCAUGGCUUUCUCAUUCUUCUGCAGCUCAAUGACUGUACUGUUCUACACCCCCGUAGCUAAUACUUUCGGGGUUUACGUCGUGUUUUACACGUUUGCAGCAGUCACAUUGUUUGGAGUGGUGUAUACGGUAUUAUGGGUGCCAGAGACAAAAGGGAAGAGCUUGGCAGAGAUACAAAAAUUCUGGAGGAGGACUGAUCCUGUUUAUGUUUAGUAUUACGUUGUCCAAAAAUGAACUCAAAAACUGAGUGAAUAAAGGUAUUAUUGCAAAAUAUGGUAAUGUAUAAUGGAUUGUUAAAUAGGAAUCUUAUGACUGCAAUUUAAACAUAUCAUAUUACUUAUGAUUUUUUUAACCUAACGAAGGCUAAACCAAUAAAUAAAAUAAUUUCAAUGUACACACCUUAUAUUUGGUUUAAGCAAUAAAUUGUAAAAUUGUAUAUAAUGAUAUUACAAAUGUAUUAAUAUUAUCACAUGAUUCGUGACUACGUCGCUAACAUUUUUCGUGCCGUCCCAAGUAUGUGAAACGCUGUUCUAAAAGAACGCUUAUUUGUUUAAUCUAAAUUCCAUAUUGCACUGCCAAAGUCACGCCAAGGGUAUUAAGAAACUCAUUUUUAAAAUGGCUUAAAACUGUUUCUCUAUUGUAGUAUAUAUGACUUUUUUAAAUAGCCGGUUUAUACUCGUGUAGAACGCGUUUUCUAUUGUACUUAUGUUUAUUUCCGACAUGCAAUCUUAAUGUUCGGUUAACACCGACUUCUCAAUGUAUGCAUUUAGUACAUCACUGUAGGUACUUAAUAACGUUUAUUGGAAUAAAACUAUUUACCCAUUUUUCUUGCGGUGUUUUAUAUUAUUUUCCCCCGACGAAUGAAGGCUGCAAAGUCUUCGAAACGUCGGUUUUGUCCCGCUCUAUCAGUAUUGUAUGAGAAAAAUAUUUUAGAGCCAUCGAAAACCGCCCGAGAAUGGCCAAACGCACCCUACAAUUAAAUU